AUGCAGACUAGCAUGGAACUGUACUCAGCGGGAAAUAGCAUCCGACACAUGGUAGUUGUCAAAGAACAGCGGCGCUGCUGCCGGCCCAUCACCACUUAUCACGGGCAAGGCAUGGCCAAAGCCGGGAUUGACCGAAGCAAACAUGCUGUCGUUCAUAUUCGAUGUGAUAGACCUCGGACUGUACAGGCCGAGUCCGGGGUGACCAAAAGGCCCCUGGAGGGAUCCUGUCAGGCCUGA